CAACUCGCAGCCAGCACACAGACCUGAGGCUGGACAGGCUGUGAAGAGGAACACGGUCACGGGUGGAUUACCUCCAGCCACAACCUCGAGGGCACUGACUCCCAACUGUCCAUGAGAAUCUUCUGGGAGAGAGGAGAAGGCCGGAGGAGUAUUUUGGGCACAGAGGUCAUCCCUUGAAGGCACUAGUGCUCAAGGUCUUCAUGAGGUGCUUUUUCAGAUGGACCGAGUCCUACGGCACAGGCCCCUGGUCACUGAUAUUUAUCCUCUUUACCAUACAAUAUGAAUAUGGGAGCAGCAAGAAAUAUGGCAGCCCCUGUGGAGGAAGAAACUGCUCUGUCUGCCAGUGUUUCCCUGAAAAGGGAUCUCGGGGUCACCCAGGACCACUGGGACCACAGGGACCAAUAGGGCCCUUGGGACCCCCAGGACCCAUUGGGAUUCCAGGAGAAAAAGGACUGAGAGGUGACAGCGGCCUGCCUGGACCACCAGGAGAGAAAGGAGACAAGGGUCCAACUGGUGUGCCCGGAUUUCCAGGCGUGGAUGGUGUACCUGGUCACCCAGGGCCUCCUGGACCCAGAGGCAAACCUGGUAUGGACGGCUACAAUGGCUCACGAGGUGAUCCGGGCUAUCCAGGAGAGAGAGGAGCUCCUGGCCCUGGCGGCCCCCCUGUAAGACACCAUUAGCACAGUCUAGAGUGGUCCUGAGUGAAAAGACUUUAUGUACAGCAGGAACUGGCUGGUCUACUCGGGAAUGGCCUCACUGCACCUUUGCCUGCCUGCAGCAGGACAACUAAACUGGGUGCUUGGGGGAGGGGGAGACGAGGUGGGCAGAACCAGAGCAUUUAGGGGCUUCAUGGGCGGUGGAAAGGGAAGAUACUGAGGGUAUUAAGAAGGGGUGUGAACUAACUGGCUUCAUCAAGGAGUUAAAGGAGGAGGUAGUUUACCAAAUCUUACAACCCCACCAUUCAGGGCGAAUUUGUAUUUAAAGAUAGUUUCAGCAAGGGACAUCUCUUAUUUCCACCACCCACCUUUCCAGCUGUCUUACUUGAGUAAAAAUCAGAUAUGGUUUUGCCUGAGUCAAAAUGCACUGUAUGGAAUUCUCAAAGAACUAAUAAAAAUUGAGAAAAUUUUAAAUAAAAAAUAAAAUUACUAUUUA